AGGUGAAAAAAAUCUCAUGAAGCAUGUUCAAAAACGAGUAUCAGGGUGGCGCUGUUGUGGACAUAUUCAGUGCUCAGGGGAAUGAUCCAGUGGCAAAAUGGAAGCUGUAUGGUGGCCAAUCAGCUAUUAGUAAAGAGUUUGACAAAGAGAUCAAGGGUUUUGUAUAUAUUCUGGAGGGCAGGAGCCAGACAAACAAGAUGCAGAUACCAAAGGACAGCAGGAUGGCACUUGGGCUCAGCCAAAGGUUCCUGGUCCUGCAGAUGUAUGUUCCCCCGGGAAAAGACUUCUGCAUAGAACUCAUGAUAACAGAUUCAGGAAAUCUCAAGAGAAGGUUAUAUCUAUCAACUGUUCAUAAGGAAUUGUCAGCGACCCCUUUACAUGCCAAAAUACCCCUCUCAAGUUUCAGGCUUAACAUUUGGUGUAACAUGUGCAUUGACCUUGUGUCAUUCACUGGUGAGAUAUUCAAAGGAGCUGCAUUCUUAUCCUUGGAUAGAAUCAUAGUUUGUGCCAGCUGCAGGCUCAGAAGAAUCUUCACCAUGAAGCUCCAGCCACCAGACACCAUCAGUGAAAGCGGUAUGUUCACCAAUAGAGGUUCAAACAGCGUGCGAGGAGCCAAGAUCCAGGAUGUGUGUCACAUUGCUUUUGGCUCAAAAGUCCCAGGACCUCCACCACCCACAGGGAGGAAGACUAGUGCAUCUGGUGGUCGAGAGGUGUUUGUUUCUGGUGCUAAAGCAAGCCAGACUUGUGGCCUAGUGAGGCAGAACAGCGGAGAUUGGACAGAGAAGCAAAGCUAUUGCCGUGAGACGAACCCCAUUGCUGGACUCAGUUGCAUUCCUCAACAGUGUGAGGACAGUGGACAAGCAUUUCAGGGGCUCACAGGGCGCCCUUGGAGCCUGCAGCCACACCCCCCACCAGGCAAAUCAUCUGUGGAGAGAGCAGGAGUGAGGAAGCCUCGAGCCUAUAGUGCAGGGAGAGAAAAGCCAGCCCAGACAGCUGCUGUACAGAGCUGCAAUGGAAAUGAAACCAGAUUCUCUGAGAGCCCAGCCCGUCCUUACUGCAGGACCACGAACAGUGCAGGACCUCUGGGCCCCAGUGCAAUAGUGGAAAAUCCAACAGCAGACAAGGGGUCUUCCCAUAGCAGUGUGAAAGACAUCAGUGGUUUGGAUUCUCCCAAACAAGCUCAAGAAAAUCUUUUGAGACUCGUGGAGUCACCAUCCCCAAUCAACAUGUGUGACCAUGAGGAGGGUGAAGGCCCGGAGCCUCAGCUCAGUCUGGAGGAUGUGUUCACCUUCUCUUCCCGCCCACACUCUGCAAGGCGCGGACAAGGACACCCUAACCCCAUGGAAGGCUCCACGUCGUCCCCUGGCAUGUGGGGUGAGGGGGAUGGGGCAUGCAGGGGUGCCAGGAUGGAAGACGAUUUCUAUGGCAGUGAAAGUGAGGAGGAUGAAUCUCACUCAGCAGCUGUCGUUCAAAGACCCUGUGUGCAGUGUAGCCCAGGUGUCCCAACCUCAACGAGCCCAAAAUCCAGGACCCAGACCCCAGAUGGAGAGGAUGUCCCCAAUGCAGAGUACUUGUCCUGCAGUCCAGAUUCUGGGUCUGCCGCAGAACCUCUGGAAUCGAACAGUGCGUCGACAGCGACAGUGUCCCAAGGUGAUUCCUCAGACUCAAGAAAAACGGAAGUGGAUUAUGCAAGCAUAGUCCCAGUCCGCAGCCUUUCCCCCAGCAGAAACAGGCUGGGGUACAGCCUGGACCUCCCCACAAGUGCGACGCCUUGCCAAGAUAACUGCAUCAGAGCCUCGCUGAGCAGGAAGUCACUAAAGGAAAUACCCAUAGGGGACUCCAGGCUGGAUGUGGAACACACUGGAAACAGUGGAAAGAGCCAUAAGCCAAUUGGGAUAAGCACUUCCGAGUCAUACACACAGGGUAGUCUUGGCAACCAGGAGGAGGAGGAAGAGUUGCGCAUGCUGGCCAGUCUGUUGAGACAGCAGGAAGAGGAGAGGGAGGAGCUGUAUGAGGAGAGCAGGUCUCCAGGCCUCAGCACCUCCCAGAUCCACAACUGCAACGUGAGCAUCAGCACCAGCAGUGAUGACACCUCCGCCUGGACCCCCUAUGUCCCAAUGCCCGCCUAUCAGGGACAUCAUUACCAAGAAGAAAUGUCCCCCCUCUUACACUCCAAUCCACGGGAAAGGUUGAAUGUUCUCAGCCCUCCUAUCUUCCCCCCAAGUCAGCAGGCGAGAAGGGAAGGGACAGGUCAAUGCCAGAGAGACACUAUGACAGAAGCUGAGAUAUUGACAAGUGAAGAAAACGAGGAAGAUGAGUUUCUAAAUCUGCUGUAUGACCCCUGCCUCAACUGCUACUUUGACCCCGCUUCUGGAAAGUAUUAUGAGUUGAUCUAA